CGCCAGUUGCGGGAGCUCCCGGAGCCGCGGCCGGCUGUGCGCCCUCGGGUUGACCCCCUCCGCGCAGCGGCGCCCAUGGCCCUGAGCAAAGGGCUGCGGCUGCUCGCGCGGCUGGAGGCCUCGGGCGAGAGCAGCGUGCUGCUGGAGGCGCGCGGCCGCGGCGACUGCCUGCUCUUCGAGGCCGGCACGGUGGCCACGCUGGCUCCUGAAGAGAAAGAAGUCAUUAAAGGACAGUAUGGCAAGCUCACGGACGCUUACGGCUGCCUCGGGGAGCUCAGGUUAAAAUCCGGUGGUGCUUCUCUGAGUUUCCUGGUGUUGGUGACAGGCUGCACAUCAGUGGGCAGAAUUCCAGAUGCGGAAAUCUACAAAAUCACCGCCACCGAGUUUUAUCCUCUGCAGGAAGAGGCCCGGGAGGAGGACCGCCUGCUGGCCCUGAGGAAGAUCCUCAGCUCGGGGGUGUUUUAUUUCUCGUGGCCCAAUGAUGGCUCCCGGUUUGACCUGACUGUCCGGGUGCAGAAGCAGGGUGAUGACAGCUCUGAGUGGGGGAACGCCUUCUUCUGGAACCAGCUAUUGCACAUGCCCCUGCGGCAGCACCAGGUGAGCUGCUGUGACUGGCUGCUGAAGGUCAUCUGUGGCGUGGUGGCCAUUCGCACAGUGUAUGCCUCGCACAAGCAGGCCAAGGCCUGUCUCAUCUCCCGAAUCAGCUGUGAGCGUGCCGGUGCUCGCUUCCAUACCCGUGGCGUGAAUGAUGAUGGCCAUGUGUCCAACUUUGUGGAGACAGAGCAGACGAUUUACAUGGAUGAUGGAGUCUCAUCUUUUAUCCAGAUCAGAGGGUCGGUUCCGCUGUUUUGGGAGCAGCCAGGGCUUCAGGUUGGCUCUCAUCAUCUGAGGCUUCACAGAGGCCUGGAGGCCAACGCCCCUGCUUUCGACAGGCACAUGGUGUUUCUGAAGGAGCAGUAUGGGAAACAGGUGGUUGUGAACCUGCUGGGAAGCAGAGGUGGAGAGGAGGUGCUCAACAGGGCCUUCAAGAAGUUGCUCUGGGCUUCCUGCCACGCUGUUGACACACCUAUGAUAAAUUUUGACUUAUAUCAGUUCGCCAAAGGCGGGAAGCUAGAGAAAUUGGAGAACCUGUUGAGGCCUCACUUAAAGCUGCACUGGGACGACUUUGAUGUGUUCACGAAGGGCGAGAAUGUAAGUCCACGUUUCCAGAAAGGCACUUUGCGGAUGAACUGUCUUGACUGCUUGGAUCGAACCAACACCGUGCAGAGCUUCAUCGCGCUGGAGGUCCUUCAUCUGCAACUCGAGAGCCUGAGGCUGAAUUCAAAGCCCAUUGUUGAGCGCUUCGUGGAGUCCUUCAAAGCCAUGUGGUCCCUGAAUGGACACAGCCUGAGCAAGGUGUUCACAGGCAGCAGAGCCCUGGAGGGGAAGGCCAAGGUGGGGAAGCUGAAGGAUGGCGCCCGGUCCAUGUCUCGUACCAUCCAGUCCAACUUCUUCGAUGGGGUGAGGCAGGAGGCCAUCAGACUGCUGCUGGUGGGAGAUGUCUACAACGAGGAAUCAACAGACAAAGGGAGGAUGCUCCUGGACAACACAGCCCUUCUGGUGACUCCCAGGAUCCUGAAAGCCAUGACAGAGCGACAGUCAGAAUUCACAAAUUUCAAGCGGAUCCAAAUCGCUGUGGGGACCUGGAAUGUGAAUGGAGGAAAGCAGUUCCGGAGCAACCUCCUGGGGACAGCAGAGCUCACAGACUGGCUGCUCGAUGCACCUCAGCUCACUGGAGCAGUGAACUCUGAGGAUGACAGCAGCCCGGCUGACAUGUUUGCUGUGGGGUUUGAGGAAAUGGUGGAACUGAGUGCAGGGAAUAUUGUCAAUGCCAGUACCACCAACAGGAAGAUGUGGGGGGAGCAGCUUCAGAAAGCCAUCUCACGCUCCCAUAGGUACAUUCUCCUGACUUCGGCACAGCUGGUGGGCGUCUGUCUUUACAUCUUUGUGCGCCCAUACCAUGUCCCAUUCAUCAGGGACGUGGCUGUCGACACAGUGAAGACUGGCAUGGGGGGCAAAGCAGGAAACAAGGGUGCUGUGGGCAUCCGCUUUCAGUUCCACAGCACCAGCUUCUGCUUCAUCUGCAGCCACCUGACGGCUGGGCAGUCGCAGGUGAAGGAGAGGAACGAGGACUACAGGGAGAUCACCCACAGGCUGUCCUUCCCCGCGGGGAGAAAUGUGUUUUCUCACGAUUAUGUGUUUUGGUGUGGCGAUUUCAACUACCGCAUUGAUCUUACUUACGAGGAAGUCUUCUAUUUUGUUAAACGCCAAGACUGGAAGAAACUUCUGGAAUUUGAUCAGCUACAGCUGCAGAAAUCAAGUGGAAAAAUUUUUAAAGACUUUCAUGAAGGAGCCAUUAAUUUUGGACCCACCUACAAAUAUGACGUUGGCUCCGCUGCCUACGAUACAAGUGACAAAUGCCGCACCCCGGCCUGGACAGAUAGAGUGCUGUGGUGGAGGAAGAAGCACCCUUUCGAUAAAACAGCUGGAGAAAUCAACCUUCUAGACAACGAUCUGGACAGCGACACCAAAGUAAGACACACCUGGUCUCCCGGCACCCUCAGGUACUAUGGUCGUGCAGAGCUGCAAGCAUCUGAUCACAGACCCGUGCUGGCCAUUGUGGAAGUAGAAGUGCAAGAAGUCGACAUAUGUGCUCGGGAGAGGGUUUUCCAGGAAGUGUCCUCUUUCCAGGGCCCUUUGGAUGCCACCGUUGUUGUAAACCUUCAGUCGCCAACUCUAGAAGAGAAGAAUGAGUUUCCUGAGGACCUGCGUACUGAACUCAUGCAGACCUUGGGGAAUUAUGGGACAAUUGUCCUUGUCAGGAUCAACCAGGGGCAGAUGCUGGUGACUUUUGCAGAUAGUCACUCAGCUCUCAGCGUCCUGGAUGUAGAUGGUAUGAAGGUGAAAGGCAGAGCGGUGAAGAUUAGACCCAAGACGAAAGACUGGCUGAAAGGUUUGCGAGAGGAGCUCAUUCGAAAACGGGACAGCAUGGCUCCCGUGUCCCCCACUGCCAAUUCCUGUUUGCUGGAGGAAAACUUCGACUUCACGAGUUUGGACUAUGAGUCAGAAGGGGAUGUUCUAGAAGAUGACGAAGACUAUUUAGUGGAUGAACUCAGGCAGCCUGUGGUCUCAGACAGUGAACUGGGGGGAGAUGAUCCUCCUGAUGCCCCCAGCUUCACAGCAGUGGCACCUGCCAGCAAGUCACCUGCCCUGAUCAAAAAGAAGCAGCGUCCGACAUACAAAGACGAUGCUGACCUGGUGGAGUUAAAGCAGGAGCUGGAAGCCGUUGUGGAUUUCCGCCACCGUUCUCCAAGCAGGUCUCUAUCGGUUCCCAAUAGGCCUCGGCCACCUCACCCGCCACAGAGGCCACCCCCUCCAACUGGUUUGAUGGUGAAGAAGUCAGCUUCAGAUGUGUCCAUCUCCUCCGGCACCCAUGGGCAGUAUUCGAUUUUGCAGGCAGCAAAACCUCUGCCAGGAGCACCUCAACAACCGCCCAAAGCUAGAACUGGAAUAAGCAAACCUUACAAUGUCAAGCAGAUCAAAACCACCAAUGCUCAGGAGGCAGAAGCAGCAAUCCGAUGUCUCCUGGAGGCCAGAGGAGGCACUCCAGAAGAAGCUGUAAAUGCCACAGCCCUGAGGGACCAAGGGUCCUCCAAACCAGAGCCCUCCCUGGGACCCCCACUCUUGCCCUGUCGCCCAGCACCCAGGGUUCCUGCCAUCAAGAAGCCAAUGUUAAGGAGGACAGGAAAGCCCACGUCACUGGAAGAACAGUCUGAGGAAAACCCUAUCCAUUUUACAGUCGGGCCCCCAGAGACAAGCCUUGAAACACCCCCUCCAGUGACACCCCCUCGAGUCCCUCCUGUUCCCAAGCCGAGAACAUUUCAGCCCAGGAAAGAUGUGGAGAGAAGGCCCAGCAGGGGAAAGCCAGGACCAGAUGAAGCCCCUCUUGUGGCAGAAGCCACCAUGCUGCCCGCUCCAGAGGUCCCAUCUCUGGUGCCCAAGGUGCCCCCAAGAAGGAAGAAAUCUGCACCAGCUGCUUUCCACCUACAGGUCCUGCAGAGCAACAGCCAGCUUCUCCAGGGCCUCCCAGCCAGCAGUGAUGGGGGCAGGUGUUCACCGGGACCCCAGCUGGAAACCGACACUCUCUUCCCACAAGUGGAUUUUCUAGGCACUUCAUCUGCCCCAAGCCCUGAAACUAAUGGCCCCAGGGUAAUGAAGCCAGGAGCAGCCUCCCUUGGUGGAGAUUAUCAGGACCCCUUCUGGAACCUUCUCCACCACCCUAAACUAUUGAAUAAUGCCUGGCUUUCCAAGAGCUCUGACCCUUUGGGCCCCAAAGCCAGAAGCUCUGAGAGGGCACAGACAGACCCAGUGCAGCUCAGUACUUCUGUUGCCGAGGAGCAGCUGCUCUCAGACCAUGGGGGGAAAGCCUUUAACCACUGGGUGACUAUCAGUGACAAAGACAAGAGAACAACACUGCAGGUGUUUGACCCACUGGCAAAAACAUGACCAAUGGAUUCUGAAGCCUUCCUUGUACAAUUGUACAAUUCCUCUCUUUAGACAUUGCUUGAUUGGUUCGAAAAAAACAUCUAUUUAAACAAAGGCACACUGAAAAACCAUUUGUGCAUCUGUGUUUAAAAAAAAAAAUUGAGCCUUUUCUUCAGUAAGAUUAUUAUUCAGCCAUCAAAAUAUGUUUUCUUUAAGAUUCAUACAUUUUAAGUUUGCUCUAGAGGGAAUGAGAUCCUCCUGUUACACUCUGUAUGAAUUUUAAGGAAGGAAGUUUAGCUGAUAAGGCCCAAGUUCUCUCCUUUAUGGUGAAUUUUAAAUGGUCAUUCAGUUUAUGUGUGUAUGUGGUGGGUUUUUGUUUUUAAUUUUCUUUGUAUUUUACAGAUUUGGAAUAGCUCUCUGGUGAACCGCUGGAAGGUUAUGCAUAAAGGAUGACAUUAAAAGUAGUUGGGAAUAUUAAGAGCUGUUACUGGCCUACUUUAAACCAGGUUUAAUUUUUUUUUUGUUUGGGGUUUUUUUUGAGACAAGGUCUCACUAUGUAGUUCAGGCUGGUCUUGAACUCACUAUGUAGCCCAAGCUGGCCUUGAACUCAGCAGCAAUCCUCCUGCCUCAUACUCCUGAGAGCUGUGAUUACAGGCAUGCACUGCCAUGCUCAGCUAAACCAGGUUUAAAAAGUCAGUUAGAAGUGGAAACUAGGUCAACCAAAUGACUAGACCCUACAUUUCCUUGAGCCAUUGUGCUUAUUUAUGUAGUCAGUCUUUCAUAUCUUCACACGCCUCAUUAAUACAUUCAACCAACUGCUGAUUAAAAAUAAAACAACUGCAUCUGUACUGAACAUGUAGAGACUUCUUGUCACUAUUCCCUAGACAUUAUAGCAUAACAACUAUUUGUGCAGCAUUUACACUACAUAUAUUAGGGAUUAUAAGUCAUCUAAAGAUGAUUUAAAGUGUACAGGUGGAAAUACUUAGGUUCUAUGCAAAGACAAUACUGUUUUAUGUAAGACUAGAACAUCUGUGGAUUUUGGUAUCUACGGGUACUCUGAGACCAAUCCCCUUUGGAUUACUGAGGGAUGACUGUACAUGUAUGUGAACCUAGCUUGUGUGUGAAUCCUGUGGGAGCUGGGGUUGUAUACUGUUCAGGUUCUAAAGCAUAUACUAUUAGUCCACCCUCAGUUUAAAUGCACUAAAGACUCUGGUACCAGGUCUCAGCCAUUUCCUGCCUUAUAAAUUGUUGUCAUCUUGAGUUAUGGGGUGUGCUUCUUCAACUAAUUUGUAUCCACCAUCCCACCCUUAUUAAAUGAAGUCUCAUAGACUCUUUUCUUCCCCUUAGAUAUCCCAUAAAGAUACAGACUCAUAUAGGCACAUAAUAUUUUCAUUGUUAUAAUCUGAAGAAUAUUUGUUUUAGCCUCAUCUAUCUGGCCAUGGCUUCAGGAAGAAAUGCACUGCAUAGCCGCGUAUAUAAGGAUCCCUGGGGCAGAAUGCCUGUAUGGUUACUGAAUUCUUUUUUUUUUACCUAUACAUUUUUCCUACAUGUUUCCAGCACCACUUCUCACCUAUUCAGGUAUUGAAAAAGGUAUUAUCAUAGUGUUGUACACUUUUAAAAUGUUACAAGGUCUAGAACCAACUUGAUGCAGAUAUAGUAUCUUGGCUAAUAAGUUCACAGGCAAAUCUUGUGCCUCCUGCUCUAUUUCAGUCUUUCAUGAAUGAUGCCAUAUUGUCCUGGAUGGACUUAGGGGGACUCCUGUCUGAAAUGCUAACCACUGGUAUGGUCACAGUCAUCUUGCCUGGGAUGUACCAUUCUUUGUUACCAGUCAGACCUCUGGGAUUUCAGAAUUCAUUUUCAUUGUCAUCAUCCAGAUAUAUGACAAGUUACCUAAAUCCGGCACUCAAAAACAACUUCCUAUAUCUCAUUUAAUGUGAAAAUUGAUAAAAGAGAAAAGAAAUAUUGACUCACUGACAUAAAGAGAUAAUAGGCAUAAUUGACCAGUUACAAAAGAUUUAGGUGAUCAGUACCUUCUGUGGCACUUAAUGUAUUUUAAAGGAUUACAUUGUUCACCUCUUGUGUUUGUUAUAGAGAGAAGAAAAAUUAUAUAAAGAGUUGAGGGAGGCCAAGAUGGGUUGCUUAGAGAAUCUCAACUGACAGGUACAAUCAGGAAUAGAACUGAAGAUAAAAUUACAACGAGUUUAACAUUAAGAGUUGAACAAGUAUUGUUUGGCAUAGUGGUGCACUCCUGUAAUCCUAGCACUCAGGAGGCUAAGACAGGAGUAUUGUUGAAAGUUCAAGACCAGCCUGAACUACACAGCAAGACUGAAAAAAAAAAGUAUUUCAUCAUGGAUGUUCAAAUUUAAUGAACAACACAGACUACAUUUUGAGUUGGUACUAGGUAUGGUUCUCACACUAGUUUCUCUUAAAAAUGAGAACAAUUAGAAUAGCUUUACUUGUUUUUUAAAUCAGUGCUUACUAGUUUGAAGGUUUCCCAAGUUAGCAGGAGAGUCAACUGAGGAACCUUGACUGUAAGGAGCUGCCAUCAAGGGGAUUUCAUUCUGUGGCUUUUCAUUUUUGGUCUAUCUUUGUGCUGCCACAAGGCCUUCUUCCUGUGACCUUGGGGUUUGUUCACUACUGCCCUAUAAUAUGAUACAGUUGCAGAGUGUUUAGGCACAGUACUUUAUAGCUCAACACUGUUUCUGACCCUAAGUACUGUCCCUUUUAUAAUGUGAUCUUCUCAGACUUCUUGCCGAUUUUUAAAACUUGUUUUGGUACAUGAUUGAAAUUAGGGUAUUUGCCCAAGCAAUUUCUGUAAAAGCUUAAAGUUGUAGAAGCUCAAGAUAUUUAACAAGAUCCUCCUGGAGAUGUAUAAGAGUAUAAGCCAAGUAAUCCAUUAAGUCAUUCAUUUUAUAAUGAAGUCAUUUUGGGGAAGAAGGAAAGCAGCAGAGAUUAUUUGUUGGGGUGAUUAAAAAUCUGUAAUAUUUUUGAAGUGAUAUUUGUACCCAUUCUGUACAGAAUACAUAUUAAAUAUUUGUCUUUUUUAAAA